UCCAUUUACAGAAUUACCGGACUUACGUCCUCCCGUCCUCGGGAGUUCACACUUCCAAGUUGAAUUUGGGAAGUCCGAACUAUACCGAGGACGCAAUCCGAACACACGGUGUAUUGAGAAACGGCCACAGUCUCUGAAUUGGAACACGGCUGUCCCUUCAAAAACUUCAACACUGGGAACGAUUUUUUAUGCAGAAAAUUGAUUGGACCUAUUUAACAGAAAGCCGCAUGCAUCUGGGUAGACAUGGCGGAUAUACGAAAACGUCUCUGUGUGAGUUCCACUGAGAAUGACCAAAAAGAUAAUAUUUCCCGAGAAGGCGGAACUGGCACAUCUGCAUUAUUUGUUAAGUUAUUUGCUGCAGGUUUCUAUGGGCUCUCUUCUUUCCUUAUUGUUGUCGUUAACAAGAGCGUUCUCACUAAUUACAGAUUCCCGUCCUCUUUAGCAGUGGGAAUUGGACAAAUGUUUGCAACGGUUGUUGUGCUGCGAGGAGCAAAAUCAUUAAAUGUGGUAGAUUUCCCAGAUUUUGAUAGGCAUGUACCUCAUAAGGUGUGGCCACUUCCUUUAAUCUAUGUGGGAAAUCAGUUAACAGGUCUGUUUGGAACAAAACAACUAAAUCUGCCAAUGUUUACUGUGCUCAGAAGAUUCUCCAUUUUAUUCACAAUGCUGUUUGAGGUUUACCUCCUAAGAAAGGAGUUUUCAUGGUCCAUAAAGGCAACCAUAUUCACCAUGAUCCUGGGAGCUUUUAUUGCUGCAAGUACUGAUUUAGGUUUUGACCUCUACGGAUACGUGUUUAUUACACUUAACAACAUUCUGACUGCUGCUAAUGGGGUUUAUAUGAAACAAAAACUGGACUCCAAGGAGCUGGGAAAAUAUGGGCUGCUCUAUUACAAUGCUUUAUUUAUGAUUGUCCCCGCUAUGAUUUUAGCGUACUUAACUGGAGACAUUAAGAAAGCUUUGGAUUAUAAUGAUUGGGCUGACAUUUUAUUUGUGAUUCAGUUUGUGUUAUCAUGUGUCAUGGGGUUUAUACUCAUGUACUCAAUUAUGUUAUGCACCCAUUAUAACUCUGCUUUGACGACUACAAUUGUCGGUUGUAUCAAGAAUAUCUUAGUGACAUACAUUGGGAUGGUGUUUGGUGGAGAUUACAUCUUUACUUGGGUGAAUUUUAUUGGCCUCAACAUCAGCAUUGCUGGCAGUCUUGUGUACUCUUACAUUACUUUCACUAAGGAACAAAAAAAAGAAUGUUGAUGAAACAAGUUCAAAAGUAAGAAGAUAAUACCUAUGGGAGACAAGAAGACAGUCAGCAGGGUGUUCACACAGUCUCAUUUCACAACACCUUGAGUGCAUCAGAAACCAGCGAUUUUCUCAGCACCCUUGGUUUUGUUGAGAUAUGAUAUGACAAGAUGUUGGAUAGAUAAGGAAUUAUUUCCUGUUAUGAAAUCAAUAUGAUCCUUUUGUCUUUGUAAAUUGAAAAGUCCUCAACCGUAGUAGUUCAAGUCAGACUGUUCAAUUUCCUUUUUUUUUUUUUUUUUUUGAGGUAUCAAAUUUUUUUAAUUAGUAUUAUCAUUGUGGUAAUUAACAUUAUGAUACAAUUUAUAAUACAAUGUGAUGCUGUUGAACAUGAAAGAAUAAUAAUAAUAAUAAUAAAAUACAAUAAGUAAAAAAUAUAAACUUUUGUAUAAAUUGAUUUUUACUCCUAUUUUUCACUAUUUCAUCAGUUUUAAUGAUUCUGUGUUAAGGAUCCUCAAAUGCAAACUGUUUUACUUCAGGAGAGCAAUCAUACAUUUGUGUGGUUUAAUUGGCUUCAUUGUUCAUAUAAUCAUUUAAUAAUUUUAUUACAUUUAAUCAUAUGAUAAUGAUUGUAACUAUUUAUAUUAUCAUUUAAUUAAUUAAUUGAUUGAUUAAUUUUAUUGUUUUUUAUAUAC